AUGCCAGAUAAUCCCAACGUCUUGAAAUUGAGGAAACAGGUCAAGGGGCAAGUCUUCUGUGCCAUUUUCAAAGAACAUCCUCAAGAAGGAAAGGAAGCACAAUUCCAGGGCAGCGUGGUCGUAUACACCGGCGAGAGCGCCGAAGAAGUUCGAGAUAUCAUCAUGGACGACAUUUACGCAAGAAGUGGUGUGUGGGACAUUGAAAGGAUUGAGAUCAUGCCCUAUGUACCUGCAGUUCGCCUGCCACUCCCUUGA